CUCGCCGCCUCAACCACCAAGGUAAACACCAGUUGCAUGUCAGCACUACCCCGGGAUCGGACUUGAAAAACAAUGUUGGCGACAAGGAUCAGCCAAAUAUUCCGCAACCGGAAUGUCCUGAGAAGGUGUUUCUAUUCUUCCGAGCCUAAUGUCAUCGGCACGGAAGUUGACCACAACAGCAAUGAAUUCCAGGAGAACUUUUCCAGUAUGAAAGCUCUUGUAGAUGAGCUUCAUACUACUGUUGGGCGAAUUGUGCAGGGUGGUGGUGAGAAAGCAGUCCAGAGACAUGUGUCUCGAGGAAAAAUGACUGCUAGGCAGAGAAUUGACCAUUUGACAGACCCUGGCUCUCCAUUCCUGGAGUUGUCACAACUUGCAGCCCACGAAAUGUAUGGUUCAGAUUUUAUCCCAGCGGCAGGAAUAAUCACUGGAAUAGGACGGGUUGCUAACACCGAUUGCAUGAUCGUAGCAAAUGACGCUACUGUAAAAGCUGGUUCAUACUAUCCAGUCACUGUAAAGAAACACCUCAGAGCUCAAGAAAUUGCUGAACAAAAUAAUCUGCCUUGUAUUUACUUGGUAGACUCAGCUGGCGCAAAUCUUCCCCAUCAAGCAACUGUUUUUCCAGAUGUAGAUCACUUUGGUAGAAUAUUCUACAAUAUGGCCAAUUUGUCUGCAAAAGGAAUAGCUCAGAUAGCAGUUGUAAUGGGCAGUUGCACUGCUGGUGGUGCGUAUGUUCCUUCAAUGGCAGAAGAGACUGUGAUAGUUAGAAAUCAAGGAACUAUAUUCUUAGCUGGACCACCACUAGUUAAAGCAUCAACAGGAGAAAUUGUUUCUGCUGAAGAUCUGGGAGGUGCUGAUCUUCAUUGCAGUACAUCGGGGGUAACUGACCACUAUGCACAUGAUGAUGAACAUGCCCUACAUAUCACUCGGCGCAUAGUUAAAAAUCUCAAUAGGUCUACUCCCACUCAGAUGGUACCUUCAAGUUAUUCUUCUCCAAAGUUUUCAGCUGAUGAACUUUAUGGCAUUGUUGGAACAAAUUUGAAGAAAAGUUUUGAUGUUAAAGAGGUGAUAGCUCGUAUUGUAGAUGGUUCAGAGUUUGAUGAAUUUAAGUCAAAAUAUGGAGAUACAUUAGUCACUGGUUUUGCCCGCCUUUAUGGCCAGGUAGUGGGUAUUAUAGGCAAUAACGGAGUUCUCUUCCCGGAAGCAGCAAUCAAGGGAACUCAUUUCAUAGAAUUGUGCUGUCAGCGAAAAAUUCCUCUCAUCUUCCUUCAAAACAUCACUGGAUUUAUGGUAGGCCGUGAAGCUGAGGCAAGUGGGAUUGCCAAACAUGGUGCUAAAAUGGUGACAGCUGUGGCAUGUGCUAAAGUGCCCAAAUUUACUUUAAUUAUUGGUGGUUCUUAUGGAGCUGGCAAUUACGGAAUGUGUGGGCGUGCUUACAGUCCUAGAUUUCUGUAUAUGUGGCCAAAUGCUCGAAUUUCUGUGAUGGGUGGGGAACAAGCAGCAGGGGUUCUGGCAGAAAUCACAAAAACCCAGUUUGAAAAGUCGGGAAAACAUUGGACUGAGGAGCAAGAGAAAAAGCUGAAGGACCCUAUCAUACAAUCAUUUGAAAGAGAAGGGAGCCCAUAUUACUCAAGUGCAAGGCUUUGGGAUGAUGGUGUGAUAGAUCCUCGUGACACCAGAAAAGUCCUGGGGCUCAGUUUAAGCGCUGCUCUGAACGCCCCAAUAGAGAAUACCAGGUUUGGUUUGUUUCGUAUGUAAAUGGUUACUUGAAUGGGCUGAUAUGUUACAGAUGAGUGGAUAAAUCAUAUUUCAUAUAGUUACUGUAUGUUAAAAAUUUGAGCAAAAGUUUUAUUGAAAGUUUGGUUUAUUCAUAGAAACAUCAACUAUUGUUGUAAUGGAUCAAAUCUACUACUGCUUAUUUGUUAACACGUUGAGUGCGGUGGGUGUAGGCUGUUAUUGGGACUCACAGUGUUGGUCAAGCCGCACUCAACAUGUUAAUAUUAGUACAUACAAAAUCUGAUCUGAUGUUCUUCUGAACUGUAUGUAUUACAUUCUCUUUCAUUCCUUCCUACUGUUUUAUUUUAGUUUCUCUAGUUUUAUGAAUUUAGACUAAAUGUAUCUAGGAGCACCUAAUUUGAAGUUCAAUGCAGUGUACAUAAAAUGUGGAAUCCUUUUUGUAAGUACUUUCACCUUAUGGCCAUACUUUACUUGUUAUGUUUUGAAAUUUUAUUUUCAUGUUUUCUGUGUAUGUUUUCAUUUAGCAGCCCAGUGAGAAAUUACAGUUGAAUCGACAUUGAAACAAUGUCAAAAACUGUGGAAUUGAUGUCAAAACUAUAUCAUGAAUUUCUCACUGGGAGGGUACAAGGUUAAGAAUGUAUCGAAUGUAUAUGUCUUUUGUUGGUUUUUGUUUUAGACUGAAAGGUCUGGUUUACAAGACUGAAAACAAUUAUAAUUGUUUAUUCACUUUUAAAAGUUUAUCGUUUUGAGUUUAAAUCUGUUCUAUCUAGUUGUGGAAUUUCUUCUAUUGAAGGAAGUCCUUAUGUUAUAGCUCCUGAUAUCUGGAGGUUUGUUUUGUUUUUUUAGGUUUUAGAACUUCUGUCAUUAAAGAGUCUGUCAAUGUGGA